CACACACACACACACACACUUCUCUUAAGGGAAGAAGAGCUCUGUGUUCUCUUUAAAUCCCUCAGGUCCUACAUUUUAUUGCUCUAACAGUCCGCCUCCCUGAGGUUCCUGCCCAGACCAGCUAUUUCCUUCGGUAGAGAAGCUGUUGGUUCACUCUCGCCUGGCUUGGAAGCGUCUGGGGGGCAGGUCUCGCAGCCCCGUCUCCCGCCCCCUCCUCCUCCCCCCGGUCCUGGCAGGCGGGCGACAAGGCAGACAAAGGUCCGUUUGUAACCUCCUUCCAGCACCUCCUCUCUUCUCCUUUUGCCCAAACUCACCUAGCGAGUUGGAGCAUUUCAGAAGAUUCCUCUGUCAAGAAGACCAAAGGAAAGGAGAAGAAAAAGGGGCCAAAAGCCAAAAUGAAAUUUAUAGUACUUGCUGUCACCGUUGGACUAACUUUGCUGCUAGGAGUCCAAGCCAUGCCUGCAAAUCGCCUCUCUUGCUACAGAAAGAUACUGAAAGAUCGCGACUGUCACAAUCUUCCAGAAGGAGUAGCUGACCUGACAAAGAUUGAUGUAAACGUCCAGGAUCACUUCUGGGAUGGGAAGGGAUGUGAGAUGAUCUGUUACUGCAACUUCAGUGAAUUGCUCUGCUGCCCAAAAGAUGUCUUCUUUGGACCAAAGAUCUCUUUCGUGAUUCCUUGCAACAAUCACUGAGAAUCAUCCUGUAUUCCAGACAACACCAUUCUUAAUUCCCCACAAACCACACUACAACAGUGUAGCUGUAUUUCUGGUUUCUAUGCAGUGCAAUAAAGCACAGAUUCUAUAAAUUCUUACUUGCCUAAGUAAAC